UUGAAAAUGUUUUGCUUGCAACUUAGUUUGAAGCAUGCCAAAGACAUGCCUUAGCAAAGAUUGAUCCCAGUAACUUACCACUCAGUCCUUUUUCCUGUUUGUUAUUUCUUUCCCUGGAGCUAAAAUAGUUCAUAGUUGUUAAACACUGUUGUAAGCAUUAGUAAAGAUUCAUCCCAGUAACUUCACAAUUAAGUACCAAUGUUGAGUGGCCAGUUCAAAAUUCAGUAUGGUACAUAGCUAGUAUAACGUUUUUUGUUGACACUUAAGUGAUAUUGGAAAUAUUUAAUCAGUACCAUUUGUUUUGUUAGUUUAGAAAAAAAAAGUUGCCAUAGUUUGCUCAGUUUAAUCAAUAAUAACACAACAAGAAUACUUUGGGGCUUGGGCAUUUUCUUAUUAACUUCUGAUUAUAUUUACGCCUUGUGCAAUCCCUGUCCCACAUGUGGAAAACUUGGUCUACUUGCCCCUUAGGAACAAAAUGGCUAAAAAGGAAAUAUGCCAGAAUGGAAUGUGGAGUUGCCUUUUUUGGGAAAGUUGUCUAUGAUUUUUAUCGCUUGGAAAUAAUUGAUGCUUAUCUGCUCAUAACAUCUUUCCUUCCUAGUUAUAAAGUUUGAAGCUUGGUGGUGAGUUCACUCCUCCACAAUUACUCCACGUGAAACCAACAACCUCGCAGAAGUCAGAAAUAAACAAAUGCAAUUUCACUGACGUUGGGGACCAACACUCUUGUAAAAGAAAAACAAGUAUAGGAUCCAGAUUCCAACUCUAGGUUUUAGAAUUCUUCGCCCAACCAACUCUCACAGUUUUGUAUCGUAGCAUAAAGGAGCAAACAGCGCUAUUUACUCUAACAUGACAAAGAUCUUGUCCUCCUGCAUGAUCGCGGUCCUCGUCCCUGAUGCCCAUCUUUGUGUGUUUCAAAAUUUAAAAUCUUACGAUGGCCCUUCCAUGGUAGCUUCAGAUGCUCCAACUUCUCGCCGCCUAUAACUUCUCGUUGUUUUGCUCUCUUUUGUUGCUAGAAGUGAGCAGCAGUUGUAGGAUACCAACGUCUUUCGACGAUCUUGUAAGCUGGUGGCAUAACUUGUUUUUUACUGGCUUCAUAGCAACUCACAUGCAUUAUGAUAAUUAUCUUGAAAAUAUCAACUAGCUGUUUGAAUGAAGCAUGCAAGUAAGAAUACUUGAGGUAUACCCUGAUUUGCUUUUUUUGUGAUAAAAAGUGCACAUAGGAUACACCUCCAGCAUGUUACAUAUCUAUUUACUAGGAUUGGCUAUAUUCUGUUUUGUUUCCAGCUUAAGCAGAUUACGGAGGCAAUUAACUCCAUGUUUCCUGCUGACUUCUUACUAUCCUCUUUCCAAAUUUAUUGAUUGUCUGUUUGAGCAGUUAGUACUGUUAUUUCAUAGAUUUUAUUUGACCAAUACUACCAUGAGUUUUGUUCAGUUAAAUAAACAUUUUAUUCUCAAAAUGGAUAGAGCAUAAUCAAUUCCAAUUGUUUGUUUGGGCAUCUUAAGCAGUUGCUUCUGACCAAAUAUUAUGUUUCCAGACCUGACGGAGAAGACGUGCUAUGUCAUGUGUGCCUAGCAGAGAAGGAAUCACCAAGUUUGAAAUUAUUGGUCAUUUGUUGAGACCGGGACGUAAGAAUUGUAACCAGACACAAUGACCACACAAGCCUGUAAGAGGAGGAGGUCAGUUUACAUAAGCAGUGGGUCGGAAGAUUCUGGUACAGAUUCAGAGGUUGAGAGAAGUAAACCGUCUAAAAAACCUAUGGUGACGUCAAUUUCUUUGUGUGAGCAUCAGCCAUCCUCUAACAACAAGGUUAAAAGCAUGAACACUAGCAAGACAAGGGUGUGUAGAACUAUUCUGGGGAAGCUCAUGGAUCACCCAGGUGGUUGGCUUUUUCAUCAACCGGUUGAUCCAGUCCUAUUUGGGAUUCCUGAUUACUUUGAUGUUAUCCGUAAUCCAAUGGACUUGGGCACUGUUAAGAAGAAACUCACAAACAAGAGCUAUUUUGGCACUGAUGAGUUUGCAGCAGAUGUGAGGUUAACAUUUUCCAAUGCAAUGAAGUAUAAUCCUCCCGGAAAUCAGGUUCACACAGUAGCUGAACAACUGAAUAUAAUGUUCGAUUCAGAAUGGAAAUUAUAUGAAAAAAAAUGGAGAGACAGAAAUCUGGCGUCAGAGCAGCUGCACAUGAAGGUAAUUAAGGCUCGUACUGCUGUCAAUUCAAAGCCAGUAGUUUCUGGAGGGCUGGUCUCAUGCUCGAAUUCAGUUGCAAAGAAGACAUUGACAGAUGCAAUAUCCUCCAAACUAAAAAUUAAGUUUUCUGUACGGGGCUCGGGGCAGACCUUGUCUAAAGGUGCUAAUGAUACGUCUUUGCAAGCAGCCGCUAGCAGAAUGGGCUCUUUAAAUCAUUCUAUCCCUUCCACCAAGGAUAGCGCUAAGGUAGCGAAGGUGCAGUCAAGUGAGCACAGCUCUCAGUCGAUUGGAAAUGAAUCUCGAUCUUGCAGCGAUACUUCAACUUCGCCUCUUCCUUCAUACGGGCAAGGAGAUGGAAGUUAUAUACAUGAUGAACCUUUGUCACCAACCAAAGCCCUUCGUGCAGCAAUCCUUAAGCGGCGUUUUGCUGGAACAAUUGUGAAGGCACAGCAGAAGGCACUUCUGGACCAUCAAAUAGACCCUGCAAAAUUACAGAUGGAAAAGGAGAGGCUGGAAAAAAGGCAGCAACAAGAGAAAGAAAGGAUUGAGGCCCAGGUUAAGGCAGCUGAAGUCGCUGCACAGUUCAAGUUAGACGAAGAAACGAGGAUAAAGAGGGAGCAGGAAAGAGAGGCAGCACGCCUGGCACUACAAAUGAUGAAGAAGACUAUUGAUAUUGACAACAGUGACUUCCUAAAGGAACUGGAAAACAUGACCAAAAAGUGGGAGCUGAAUCCCCCUGGUAAAUUAAUUGUGGAUUUUGUUGAUGGGAUUGAUCUUCCACCUGACCUGGGAAGCCCGCUGGAGAGGCUUGGCCUUUUUAUGAAGAAAGAUCUGGAAGAAGAGGUCGAGCAUGAAAUGGACGACAGCAUAGCACCCUCCAUGGUUGUUGACGUGGAGGAAGGAGAAAUUGGCUGCUGUGGGUAAUACUCUUAGGUAUCCAUUUUUUCUUUGCUUCUCAGGUUAUAGUCAACAUGCAUGCCGGGGUUAUAAGAUUCUGUGAUUCUGUCCUGCGACCCAGGCUAUGUCAUAAACAGAGUAGAGAGUUAUUGUGGCUUGUGUGUCUAAAGCAAGAUCCACCAUAAUGUCUCUGCCGAACUUUGAAAUUGAGUGGUUCACAAUCUUGUGGUUGUCAACAACAGUAUGAUGGCACUGUAUAGGUAGCUGUUUCAGGUCUAUUUAUUGUAAGUUCCUUGUACGAACAUCCUGUAAAAACAAUCGAGAAAGAUAAUAGAAAAAAGAAAAAAGAGUAGUGAGCUAGUAUGUA